AUGGAAUCGUCGUUACCGUGGAACAACACGUUCUCCCCCAACACUCCUGCUGGCUCCACGCCUGGGAAGUCGCCGUACUACUCCGACUUGGACCAACUGUUGCACCAGCAACAGCUCCAGCACCAACAACACCAGCAACAGCAACAGCACCAACACCAAUUGCACGAAAACUCGACUCCCAGCGCUCCCUCAGCGUCGCUUCUCCACGACACUCCCACCAACUUCACAGAUACCGAGCACAUGUUCCUCCAGCAGCUUGAAACCAACCUCUACGACGAGUCCAACGGCCAGCCCACUGCCCCGGGCUCGGCGUCUGCCACCCCGAGCGCCACCGACCCUGCUGGCUACACCCAUCACCACCACCAUCAUCAUCACCACCACCACCACCCACAAGACCUGUCCCACGACAACACCCCCAACUCGCGUCCCGAACUGCACCCUAAAAGCGCCAGUGGCACCCCUGCGGGCAACACACCCAGUGCCUACCGUGCAGCGUCACACACUCCUUCGGCGUCGAACCCCCCACUGGGCGCACCUCCACCACCCCAUUUCUACGAGUUUGGCUUGGAAAACAUGAACUUCAUAAUUCCCGAAGACCUCGACUUCGACGCUGGGCCCUCCCAGCCCCAGUCGGCAUACCCGCCGUCGGCACUUCCACCAGCGCGUACCCCCAGCAUGUUGGCGGCAAACAAGGCUAGACAAGCGGAUACCGGCACCGACACCAAACGGUUUGCUUCGCCAAUUCUCCCCAGCCAGAACGACAAGUCAUACAACAACCAGCACUUCUUCCACAAGCAUACCAAAUCCAUCGAUCCUGCGUCAAACACAGGUCUGUCAUCCUCUGCAUCUGCACCCCAUCUGCACGUCCGUCCUGACGCGGUGUUCACCCCGUUGGUGUCACCCGCUGUCACCCCCUUAGAUACGCAGGUCAACGUCAACAAGGCGUCGUUCAGCCAACCUCCGGUCCAGACCUCGUUCGAGCCGUUGACAUCUCCUGCAUUAAAUGCCCAGCCGUCCUCCUCCUCCGACAGAAGAAGAACCUCUUCUUCCGCCUUUGGCCCCACCAUCGAAGAGCCCUCCCAGUACCAAACAGCCACUGCCACAUCUUCUACAUAUCACAAGCGGAGAACCCCGCAUGGUACACCCAUCCUUCAAGCCAACCCGUCCUCCGGAAGUUCGAACGGCUUGACCAAUGGCAGACAUGGCUCUCCGUCGUUGAAGGGGACCAGACCUUCCACCAACUACAAACCUACUUCGUUUGAAAGAUUGCCAGACUCCACCAUGGAUAGCAACAGCUCGACGCCAAUGUUGCCGCCUCUGACCAAGAAGGUGGGCAUUGCCAAUACCCCCAAUAACGGGGCACUGGCUCCGUUGAUGGGCUUCACCAUGGGAAGAUUGGCAGAACAGAGUCAGACCGAUGACGAUGAUCUUGAUCCUGAUGCGGACUUCGAUCUCGAUAAAAAACCGGGCUCCGGCAAGGUCAGUCGCUCGUCGUCCAUUAGAAACAACAAGGCGUCCUUGAGCCGAACAUCUUCCUCGUCCAGCCUCGAUACCUCUCCAGGAGUACGUGCCCAAAAAGGCACCUCCGAAGAUGGCACUGGUCAAGGCAAAAACAAGCCUGUCACCAAAAAAGCAUCCCACAAGUUGGCCGAACAAGGUAGAAGAAACAGAAUGAACAUGGCCGUGCAGGAGUUAGGGACACUCGUCCCCAAGUCAUACCAUGAGGAAGUUUCUAUUCCAUCGAAGGCCACCACAGUCGAGUUAGCCUCUAGCUACAUCAGAGACUUGCUCGGAGAGAUCGACCGGUUGAAGAGCAAGCUCCAAGAGUAG